AUGUCGGCUUUACAACCGCCCGCGCCCAUCGCGCCGUCCAUUGCCGCGGCCGCAGCAGCCGAGCAACAACUGCAGGUGCAAUUGUUGAGUGCCAAUGCGCAGGCGCCGAAGAAGGGCAGUCAGUUUGCGGCCGGACAUGAUUUGUUUAGUGCAGAGGAGGUUGUGAUUCCAGCGCGGGGACGCAAGUUGGUAGGGACGGAUAUUAAGAUUUCUGUGCCGGUGGGGACGUACGGACGCAUAGCCCCCCGCUCAGGCCUUGCGUACAAACACGGCAUCGACACCCUCGCCGGCGUCAUCGAUGCAGACUACCGCGGCCCCGUCGGCGUCAUUCUCGCAAACCUGUCCGACGAAGACUUCAGCAUCAAGAUUGGUGAUCGCAUUGCGCAGCUGAUUGUGGAGAAGAUAUUGAUGCCAGAGGUUUUGGUUGUGAAUGAGUUGGAGGCUAGUGUGAGGGGUGCUGGGGGGUUUGGGAGCACGGGGGGUUUUGGUGGGGGGAAGGUGGAGGUUGAGGAGAAGGUUGAGAAGAAGGAAUAG